AUGCCCUCAAGUCUGGAGGAUGUGAUGAAGGAGUGGGACUUGGACCGGAGUGGAAGCGUGAGCGUUGUCGAGCUUUCCGCAGCGGCCAGUGCACACAAGAAGGUCAAGGAGGAGGGCCGCAUCAUGAAGAGGAUCAUUCUUGGCCUGGCGGCAGUCAUCCUCCUCCUCUUGACUGGCACCUUUAUUUUGUCUUACCUGGCCGUGGACAUGUCGAAGGAGUUUGGACCCACAACCUUGAAGGGUUUAGGGUCUAGGCGUUGA